AAAAUUGCGUUAAAGUAAGACGGUGAAGCGAGGAGUGGCGAAUCAGAAACUCAACAACACACCGAUAAACAACAGGUUUUAUAAUAUUUCUCGCGCGAUUCGUCUCAGGCAAGUGCAGAAUCGAAGCGACGUCGUUCGUUGGGCGAUGAAAGCAGCUCAAUUAGUGUUGGAUCUCUGAACACUUCGGUAUUCGAAUAUUGAGCAACUCGUUGUUCGUUCUCGCAAUGGAUUCGUGGCUCAAAGCCGCUGAAGGUUUAUUUGAAGUUGUAGAUCGACGAGCGAAGGCUGUUGCGACUGACUUAACGGAGGAGCAGUCAGAUUUUAAGUCUCCAGCAAAUGGGCAAGCAUCACAAGGCAAGAGGGAAAAAUCAACACCAAAGGCUCAAAAAGGACUAUCCAAUUCAUCUACUAUAAGCAGUGAUACUUCCAAGGAGAAAACUGGAUCUCCCCUAGCACCUGAACUCAUAGCUUAUCCUGAAAAUGACGGGAUCACUUCCCAAUCUUCAAACCAACCGAAGGAGCCACGACCUAGUGAUGCAACAUUACCCUUGUUGGACACUUCAUUAUCAAACACGCUAGAUGAUGAUAAUGCUAAACAUGACAACGAUGAUGUGGAAGCAUUAGUAAACGAUGCAAAUGUCGGAGUUGCCACUGUUGCUGCUAAUGGUGAUCCUCCCCAAGAGAAUGCUUCAGAUACUCGUGAGAUGAAUCCACUUCCGGCUCCCAAAGAAAUUGAGAGCCCCCGUGAUGAACCCACCAGUGCUGGUCAAAUUAUCAAAUCUGUAGAUUCAGAUGCCAAUAAAAAUAUGGAUGAAGAGAAAUCUGAAUCUGUGGCUGCUGAAACAUCUGAUAAUGACACAAUACUCAAAGAUUCUGAUGUAAAAAAGGUUGAAUCUGUUGCGAACAGAAUAAAUCAAGAAGAUAAUAAAAUAGACAUAUCCCCCAAAAAAGUACAGGAUCAACUUGAUGAGGCUCAAGGAUUGCUUAAAACAACAAAAUCUACUGGUCAGUCUAAAGAGGCAAGGUUAGCUCGGGUCUGUGCUGGAUUGUCAUCUCGCCUUCAAGAAUACAAAUCUGAAAAUGCACAGUUGGAGGAACUUCUCACUGCAGAGAGGGAACUGGGUAAAUCAUAUGAAGCUAGCAUAAAACAGCUCCAGAAGGAUUUGUCUGAAAGUAAAAGGGAAGUGACAAGAGUUGAAGCAAAUAUGGCUGAGGCCUUGGCAGCAAAAAAUGCUGAAAUUGAGGCACUUCUAAGUUCCAUGGAUGCAGUUAAGAGGCAGGCAGCAUUGUCGGAAGGAAAUCUAGCUUCCAUGCAGGCAAGCAUGGAAUCAAUGAUGAGAAGUCGAGAACUAUCAGAAACAAGGAUGAUGCAGGCUCUUAGAGAGGAGCUAGCAUCUGCUGAGCGAAGAGCAGAAGAGGAGCGUGCUGCACAUAAUAAGACCAAAAUGGCUGCUAUGGAAAGAGAAGUAGAUUUGGAGCACAGAGCAGUUGAGUCAUCCACUGCCCUUGCAAGGAUACAGAGAGUAGCGGAUGAGAGGACAGCUAAAGUCACCGAACUUGAGCAGAAGGUGGCACUUCUCGAGGUUGAAUGUGCAUCUUUAAAUCAAGAACUACAAGAUAUGGAAGUCCGUGUGCGCCGGGAAUUGAAAAAGUCCCCAGAAGAGGCUAAUCAAUUAAUUCAGAUGCAAGCAUGGCAAGAUGAAUUGGAACGGGCCCGCCAAGGUCAGAGGGAUGCUGAAAACAAGCUAUCUUCCUUGGAGGCUGAAAUGCAGAAAAUGAGAGUUGAGAUGGCUGCCAUGAAGAGGGAUGCUGAGCAUUACUCACGUCAGGAACAUAUGGAAUUAGAGAAACGCUACCGGGAACUGACUGACCUUUUGUACUACAAACAAACACAAUUAGAAACCAUGGUCAGUGAAAAAGCUGCCGCUGAGUUUCAAUUGGAGAAGGAAAUCAAGCGUCUCCAGGAAGCACGGGCAGAGGCCGAACGGAACAAAGUUUCUCGUCGGGCAUCAUCAUCAUGGGAAGAUGAGACUGAAAUAAAAUCCCUGGAGCCUCUUCCUGUGCAUCACCGUCAUUUGGUCGGUGCAAGUAUUCAGUUGCAAAAAGCAGUGAAACUGUUAGAUUCAGGGGCUGUCAGGGCCACAAGAUUUCUUUGGAGAUAUCCUACAGCUCGAGUUUUUUUAUUUUUUUAUUUGGUCUUUGUACAUCUCUUCUUGAUGUAUCUCUUGCAUCGUCUACAGGAACAAGCUGACACUAUGGCUGCCAGAGAGGUUGCGGAAUCUAUGGGACUCGCUAACCAGAAUAUACGAUGACUGAUAAAAAAUACUCCAUCUAGUAGGGUCUAUGUCAGGCGUUAAUACCUUCCUUACAGCACAUUUUCAAGUGUACAUUUCCAAUGCCGCUGCUUAUGGUGUCUUCAUAAUGGUUCCCCAAAGAAUUUCAGCAUUGCAAACCAAAACCGGAACUUAGGUGCAGGCAUCUAUUGAUCUUUUGAGAAACUGCUGCAGGAUGCUGAACUGUUGGGAAAUUGGAGUUCGCUUUAGCCGAAUGAUAUUAUCGAAUGGGUGACAGCUUCUCCUUCUUGUGUAGUGACUGUCCUCAGAAUUGAAUUGGUUAAUUAUGUUUAUUCGUUUUCUUCUUCAUUGAAAAUGUUUUUUCGAGUGGAACAUUGUAGAUACCAAUAUAUUGUAAUAUCUCUUUUCUUUGUUCGAAGGGCAUUUGCCCAAUCUAAAGAAUGCAUUUGGAAAUAGAACAAACAUUUGGUUUUUGA